AUGCAGUGUGAAUGUGGAUUCCCACUGACGGGCAGUACAAAAUUUUGCCCAGAAUGUGGAACAAAGGUGGGAGUCCAAGGGACGGAAAACAAACAGACCGUUCCUUGUCCUAAUACCAUUCAGAAUAGGAGGCGAGUGUCAAGUAUUUGUGGAACACCAGUUGAGAACUCACAGAAGUUCUGCGUAGAAUGUGGCUGGAAAGUCAAUCCUAAAGUUUUCUUGCCAGGGGCUUUUAUGUGCCAGGGAAUCGAACAAAACAGAGAACGGUUACCAUGUGGUAACAUAGUAACUCCAGAUGUCAAGUUUUGCUCAGAAUGUGGAAAUCCUCCAGGCUUUGGAGCCUCUGCUUCAACAAUCCCUCCAGUAGUAGAGAAGGAGGUGGUGGCAGGAGUAGAAGAGGAUUUAACCCAGGGACAUGAAAGACAACAGUCAAGUAACGAUCAACCAGAACCAACAGACCAGGACAUGGACUUUGAAUUUGUGGAUUUAACUCAAAGUAAUGGAGGAUUAAGAAGAACAGAUAGUUAUGAAAAAGCUACCAAUUUGGAGAACAGUUCAGAUUUCUGCAAUGGUUUUCCAAAAUUUAGUGAAGACUCAAAGUCUUCUUCUCAGAAAUCUGUUACUCAGGAAGCAGAGUCUUCACCCCAGGAUAAAAUCUCAAAGUCGGAAGGAGGGGGAGGUGAGAGUGAGGGCAUGCUUGAUUCUAUGGAGAUUGUGGAAAAACCACCUGGUGGAUGGGAGAUGAAUCCACCUGCUGAAAAUUUCCAGGAAGAUCAUGGAAAGGGAGUUGGUGGUGGAAAGGAAAAUGUUGGAGAUGGAAAAGUGGAAAAACCCAAUGAAAAAGGAGAUAAGAAAAUGGACCAAACAGAGGGAAAUAUAGAAGGCAAGACAGGUGACAGACAAAAAGAUCAAGUCAUGGAAAUGCAACAAGAAAAUGAACAAGAAGUAAAAGAUAGUGGAUCUCUUUCUACAGAGAACUCAGUGUGUGAGCCUAGCUGGAAAAAGAGUGAGGAAAAUAAAGAAACUGAUGAGCAAAAUGUGAUUGAACGUUUUCAGUUAUUGGAGAUGAGAAAACGAAAAUCUCCAGAAAGAGAAUUCCCAGAUGAUAGCAAGAGAUUACACUUGUCAGUGGAAGGUGCCAGAGAUGAUAAGAAUGGGAAUAAAGCUGAUGGUUCACAACCAAAUGAAGAAGAGAGUGUUGAGGAGGGGAAUGAUGAAAAUGGAGAGGAUGAAGAGGAUGAUGAUGAUGAUGAAGAUGAUGAUGGAAAUGAUGAAGAAGAACAUUCUGAGAGUAUAGGAAAAAGCGGAACAAGCAAAAAGAAAAAACAUCAAGGACGAAAGAAGAAGAAAAAGGAAAGAUAG